AUGCCUAAGGAGACUACCAAGCGCAGCAAGGGCGGCAAGGUCGAGAAGAGAAAGACCAAGAAGGACCCCAACGCACCCAAGCGUGGUCUCUCUGCCUACAUGUUCUUUGCCAACGAGCAGCGUGAGAACGUCCGUGAUGAGAACCCCGGCAUCUCGUUCGGCCAGGUCGGCAAGAUCCUUGGUGAGCGCUGGAAGGCUUUGAACGACAAGCAGCGUGCUCCCUACGAGACCAAGGCUGCUGCCGACAAGAAGCGCUACGAGGACGAGAAGGCUGCCUACAACGCUGGCGGUGAUGACGAGGAGGACGAAGAGUAA